GCUUGGGGAAGACAUCGAUUGUUCCAUCAGUGUACGGCAGUCUUGAAUGUUCCGUGAAAUUUGAGUAGCCACAGCAUGAAAAAUGCCCCAAAAAAUGAAAGCGUGUGAAUAUGGGAUCCCAAACGCUUGAAAUUCUUCGUCAGGGUGUAUGGGCUUCACUUACAGGAGGCUGGUUUUACGAUCCACACCAGGAUAUAUUCUGCAAUACAUUUCAUCUUUAUGUUUGGUUGUUCCUGCUAUGUCUACCAUUUACGGUGUACUUGUUUUUUCCACCUACACUAACGGCAUGGGCGGGAUAUUGCACUGCAAUUGCUGCCCUAUUUGGUGUGCUGAAAGCAACCAAUAUGUGGCUUCAUCAUGUGUAUGACACUUCAGAAUGUGUGCGUGAAGAAGAGUUCGAUGCUCGCGACGGAUGUCGACGACAUGCAGAGGAUGUGACCUUCCGUUCAAGAUUUGCCACCGAGGAAGGCAUCGAACUGCAGGACUUGGGCAGCAGCAGUGGUGCAGCGGGAGGGAAGAGGUCGAGCGACACCCCGCCGGUGGGAUGCAGCUCCCGCAACUCGUACACGGAGCCUGGCAACGGGAACGGUUCCGGCCAAGGCGUGAGCGCGGCAGCUGGAGGGGUCGCCUCCCAGCCGGGGGGUGGCGGAGGAGGCGGUGACCGCGACUCGCUCAACUCGUCCACGGAAUGCCACGCCAGUGCCACGCGUCUCGGCAGCCUCGACGAUUCCGUAUUCCGCAGUAACGGAGUCAGCAGUACGAUAGACCUGAAAGUGGAUGUCCACCGCAAGAACAGUUCGGAGAGCAGUGAAGAGGUCGCAGUACUGAGGCCGGUGGUGGAGCGCGUGUCGGUGCACCGUGCGGAGGCCUGUACACAGGCGGACCACAACUGGUCUCUCAGAGGCUCGAAGACGCGCGAGAAAAGAUCUCGACAGCGAGCUGGCAGCAUAUCAGUGGCUGUAGUCGAUGAGCUGCCUUCGACGUCAGGAACGGGUGGGAUUGGACGUCGCACGAGUGGUAGCCGUAGUUUCCGGAAGCAGUCAUCAGACACUCAUGACGAGCGUCGCCACCGCAGGCAUCACAGGCCGUCACUUGACCCUGGUACCGCGGCCUCAAGUUCCUCCGUGUCUGGCCCUCUGCAGGCCAGUGUGCGCCGCCUCUCGAACGCCCCCAACGGCAGUCUCGGCUUCCUGCCAGGUGGGGCAGCCACUCCCCCACCGCCCACCAUCAAGCCCACAGGGUCUCUAGAACUCGGCUGCAUGCUCGAGAGGGAGAAAGGCUUGGUGUACUGGAAACAGCAGAAUGCACGCCAGGUGAGGCGUAUUCGUUCGGGUGUGCUGGAGCGAUACAGCUCCGUGCCGGAGGGAGAGAGCGGGGGCAGCAGUGGAGGCUCCGGGGCAGUCGGGGGACGGGCAUCCCCGCCUCCGAUGCCGUCGGCCGAGGGUGUGGCGUCCGGGUCAUCGUCGAGCGGCCCUCACCGCUACGCCAGCUUCGGCAGUGAGAUUGUCUACCCGAUUGCUGAGCAGUCGGAUGAACAUGCGACGAGUCUCGGUGCAGACACGGAUGAGAAUGGAGGGGCCGGAGGAUCGCGGUCUCCGCUGCUUGUGCGCCACGAGAGCUUCAGUAGUGUGACGGACCAUAGUUCUCGGGCAGCAGGUACUAACAGUGCUGCAGACAGUGGCGUGUCCAGCAACCACCGAAUACCGGGGCGCACGUUCCGCAAAAGGUUCGGAGCCUGUUCUUCGGCCGACGAGCUCCUGGACGGAGGAGAUGACGAAGACGAUUAUGACGAAGAUGAGGGCUUGCCGGGAGAAUCGUGUGCCACGGACGAAGCCAGUGGGGAUGAGGGGGACAAUAACAGUGCUGCUGCUGACGGCAGCCCCGGCUACGUCAGCCCGUCACCUGUCGCUCGACGGAGGACCGAGUGUGCCAACUUCGCACUGAUUGUCAGUGAAACUGUGUGCUGCCGGUGCAACCGCCAGGAGUGCAUUAGUUGUACAGUGGCUCCUCCACCCUGUGGCGUUUCUAAGGCUCCGUCCGAUGCGCCCACGACCACCACUCGCGAUGCCUCUUCCAGCCUCGUGGGGCUCGAUUGGUUGUUCGAUCACACCGACAGUGACACCGCCGGGCAAACGUCGCCACUGCCGGCAUCUGCAGCCUCCGUCGGUAAUGAUGCCAAUCUGUGGAAUUACACAUGUUCGGAUGACAGUGACUCCGGGUCCAUAAUGGAUAUUAGAAGUGGCUGCCGCAAGGACUCGGAAGACUCCGGCAGCUCGAGCACGACGCCGAGUGCAGAGCACGAGGGUUCGAAGCUGCUGCCGAGAGAUCGCGGGGGAAGUGGUAGCCGAGAGGCGGGCAGUGGGCAGGGCAGCAUCCGCAGCCAGGGAGCCAUUCCCAAGCAGCGCCAGAGGCAACGCCAGCGGCGGUCCUCGGCAGCUGCAGAAACAGCAGAUGAGCAGCCACACAGUGCCGUGCCUCUGGUCGUUCGGGAGGCACACAUAACUACGACGAGCGACAACUUUGACAGCUGGAGGCGCCUGAGAAAAGCGGCGAGGGACCACGAGCGUGCAUCAGCCGAAAGAGAGAGCCCGGAUGAGAAAAUAAAUGGCAGUUCCUACAGAGUGAAGUGUUCUGACGGAGCUCCUCCUCUGCAGCGGAAGGACUCGGGCGAAGUGGGUGCUGGGGAUGCCAGUCGACCUGAGGCGCCCCGAGCGCGGCGGACUUCCUCGCAGGGUUCCCAGCUGAGACUGAUGCCACCACCUCACCGGUCUCGUGCAGGGGACGAUGAGGUGCUGACACCAGUCCCAUGGGUUGCCGCUUUCCUCGCUGCUCGCCGUGAAAUAAUGGGCGAUUUGGAAAGCUUGGGUUUCAGUGCCAACACACCGAGCGGACCUCCUGUUCGGUCACGCCACCGACGCAUCAGGCGGGGAAAUCGAGCUCACAGGUCGAGACCCGGAGUCGUGCGCGAUCCGCCACUCGCGACCUCGUCCACGCCUGUGGCCACUUCCCCGCCGGGCGGGAAUAACAGUUCCUGUCCGCCGUCGACUUACACCCCCAUGGAGGCGCUGGCGUCGGCCAUUUCGGGGGGAGCCGGCACGCACAUCGCGACUUCACACGACGACACGACGGAAGGUGCGGUCCACUGCUUUCGCGACGAGCACGGAAACUGGAUGUCGUACACGUUUCACGAGCGCGGGGCCGGCACGGCAAACCACGGCGUGAUGCCCAUAGCUGUGGCAGCGGCAGCUGCGGCGGCAGAAGUCGGGGAGGAGAGCCCCAGCAACUCGUCGACUGUGUCGGCGACGUCGGGCGGCGGCAGCGGCGGGCGGGUGAAGGCAGGAGUUGCCGCCCCCCUGCUGCCGUACCAUGGUCACGGGCUGUACAUACUGGAGACAGUGAUGCCUCCCUCGCAGCGGUCGCCGUUCCACAUCCUUCUGGAGCCUGGGGGCAACACAUGUCGCCUGGUGCGGAGGUCUCCGCCCCCGCCUCACCGCAGCACCGGGAGCUCCGCUGGGCAGCAAGCGGGGAUCGGAGCCGGAGCUGCACACCAGGCUGCCUCCAGCGAGACGGACACGGAGAUGACACUGACACGUGCCGCUGCCGCGACGGGGCGCUUCAGGCUGGCCGACGUUACUGCCGGCCUCACCUCAGAGGACAUCAGGCGCCCGCGCAGAUACUACAAGCUCAAGCUUUUUCGCUGCCUAAAUAUCAAGGUCCGCUUUGACCGUCUUGCCUUGGUGGCGCUACUGGACCGGAACUUGACGCUUGCUGAGGCGACGCUGUCUUUCUGCCUGGCAGUCGCUGUGGCCGCCCUGGGUGCACGCGUCCUGCAGCUCGGCUUCUACAGGGACAUUUUCGCAUUUGUCUUCUGCUUUGUAGUUGCUGGGUGCCAAUAUUCUUUGUUGAAAAGUGUCCAGCCAGAUGCAGCAUCACCAACACAUGGCUUCAACCGCAUCGUGGCCCUAUCACGACCCGUGUACUUCUGCCUGCUAUCGAGCCUGGUGCUAAUUGCACACUUCUCUGUAGAGUCCGGCCACUCUGAUCCGACACCACAUACUGUCUACGGUGUGACAUUUUCUGCACGGCAGCUUGCACUGAUGGCGAGGGAGGUGAUGUUGAAUUCAUUGCUGCUCCUGCCUCUCGCCUUCAGUCUGGGUCUGCUGCCACAGGUGACAACAUUUGCCAUGUACCUGCUGGAGCAGCUGGACAUGCACGUGUUUGGUGGGAACGCAUGUACCAGCCUCGGUGCGGCCGCGUACUGCGUGCUGCGCUCGGUUGUCGGCGUGGCGGUGCCUGCCGGCUUCGCGUACGGCGCCCUGACGGAGGAGGCGGGUGCACGCCACAUGCUGUUUUCCAUCUUCUGCGGCCUGCUGGUAGCUGUCGCAUACCACCUCUCACGCCAGGCGUCGGACCCAGCCCCACUGUGGGUAGUAGUGGAGAGUGCGCUGUGGCCACCGGCAGACCUGAUGGCAGUGCCGGGGGGUGGGGACGCCCUGCCGUCGUCACGGCAGGCUCACGGCAGUAGCGUGCGGAACCGCAGCAGGAAGCACAAACACCGCAGCACUGGCGACAGUACUCGAAAAAAGAAGCUUGCACAGGAAGGUGCCGACCCUGAGUCAGGAGUGCCGACGACGUCUGCAACGGGUGGCCAGUCGUCUGCAUCUGCUCCGCCACCACCGCUGUCCCCUCCCGAACCUCCAGACACAGACCCUCUUCCAAAGGAGCUGACACGCACGGUGCGAGCGCGACUGCGCUCGGACGGGCUGGUGUGCCCGGCAGCAGCACUGCUGGUAUGUGGCGUGCACGCCAGCACGGCGUUCUCGGCGCUGCAGCCCGACCUGCAGCCGGCGCUGUGGGCGGCGGCGUGUGCGCUGGGCCUGCUGCUGCACUACGUAGUUCCGCAGCUCCGCAAGCAGCUGCCCUGGCUGUGCGUUGCCCGCCCCAUCCUGCGCGCCCACGAGCACGGCCAGUUCGAGGUGCGCCAGCCGGCGAAGCUCAUGUGGUUUGAGAAGACGUACGUGUACCUGUGCUUCCUGGAGAGGAACGUGCUGUAUCCGGUGCUGGUGGUGAGCGCGCUGACUGCGGACGCACCGCGACUGGCGGACAAUGCGGGUGCCGGCUGGGGCGCACUGCUGGCAGCCGUCUGCGGCCUCAAGUGCCUGCGCUGUGCCUUUUCUGAUACGGGCAAUCAGUACCUCGUCCUCGCCUUCGCCGUCCUCCUCUUCCAGAUAGACUUCGCCGCCGCCUCGCAGACCUUCAUUGUCGACUACUUCUUCGUCGGUAUAGUGUUCAGCAAAGUCUACGAGUUCCUCCUCAAGGUGCAGUUUGUGGUGACGUACAUCGCUCCUUGGCAGAUCACAUGGGGAUCGGCAUUCCACGCCUUUGCACAGCCGUUCUCGGUGCCCCACUCUGCCAUGCUGUUCGCCCAGGCAGCCCUGUCUGCCCUGGUGUCGGCACCUCUCAAUCCGUUCCUCGGCUCAGCAGUCUUUCUCGCCUCUUACGCUAGGCCGGUCAAGUUCUGGGAGCGCGACUACAAGACGCGGCGUGCCGACCACAGCAACACGCGGCUCGCGGCACACCUGCUGGAGCACCGCAGUCUGGGUGCCGACGACAACAACCUCAACUCCAUCUUCUACGAGCACCUCACCCGUUCUCUGCAGCGCUCGCUCUGUGGAGACCUCAUUCUCGGACGGUGGGGCCCAGUUUCCCAGGGGGACUGUUUCGUGCUGGCGUCGGACUACCUCAACUGCCUGGUGCACAUCGUGGAGCUGGGCAACGGCCUGGUCACGUUCCAAGUGCGAGGCCUCGAGUUCCGUGGCACCUACUGCCAGCAGAGGGAGGUGGAGGCCAUCUCGGAAGGAGUUGAGGAUAAUGACGGGUGUUGCUGCUGUGAGCCGGGCCACCUGCCACACAUGUUGAGUGCCAACGCGGCCUUCUCCCAGCGCUGGCUAGCCUGGGAGGUCACUGCCACCAAGUACGUGCUAGAGGGGUACAGCAUCUCGGACAACAGUGCCGUCUCCAUGCUGCAGGUCUUUGACUUCCGCAAAGUCCUCAUAACAUACUACGUCAAGAGUAUAGUGUUCUAUGCCAUUCGCUCCCCGCGCCUUCUCGACUGGCUGACUUCGGAGACGAUCCUAGAUGCCCUGAGGCCAACACUCGACAGAUCUUUUGUCGAUUUGGACCCUGUGUUCAACAUGAAUAUAGACGAGGACUACGAUUUCCGUGCAUCUGGGAUUACGCGGACCAGUUUCUGCAAUGUGUACCUUGAGUGGAUUCACUUCUGUGCCAGUAAGCGGAAGGAAGCAGAGAUUGCGAGAAAAGCUAGCAGCAGCGGUGCCGAGGCAUCCAGUUCGGAGACACUGCUGGCGCAGUUGUCGGAUCGAGGGCGCGACUCGACGUUGGUGUCCCUGUGCUUCGCGUUGAGUCUGCUCGGGAGACGAACACUCGGGGCUGCCUCGCAUAACACUGUCUCCAGUGUGGAGUUCUUCUUGUACGGCCUGCACGCACUUUUCAAAGGAGACUUCCGGAUAACAUCUGUGAGGGAUGAGUGGAUAUUCUCAGACAUGGAGCUCCUGAGGAAGGUAGUGGCACCUGGAGUGCGGAUGUCCCUGAAGCUUCACCAGGACCACUUCAUGGCCCCAGAUGAGUACGAAGAGCCUGCUGCUUUGUACGAGGCCAUCUCCCAGCAUGAGGAGAAGCUUGUAAUCUCUCACGAGGGUGACCCUGUCUGGCGGAAUGCCGUCCUGUCGGGAACUCCUUCACUGCUAGCUCUCAGGCACGUGUUGGAUGAUGGCACAGAUGAGUACAAAGUGAUAAUGCUAAACAAAAGGUACCUGAGCUUCCGUGUGAUAAAGGUGAACCGCGAGUGCGUGCGCGGCCUCUGGGCGGGCCAGCAGCAGGAGCUGGUCUACCUCCGCAACCGCAACCCCGAGCGUGGCUCCAUACAGAAUGCCAAGCAGGCACUAAGAAAUAUCAUCAAUUCAUCGUGUGACCAACCGAUCGGCUACCCCAUUUACGUUUCACCACUGACAACUUCGUAUGCCGAUACGAAUGAACAGUUGUGCAGCGUUAUUGGUGGACCACUCAGCCUGGGAGGCAUGAAACAUGCUGUCAUUAGACUGUGGAGGAGAGUACGUCGGAGAUGUGGGGAGGGUUGCUCGAGUGGCGGGUCAGUUCCUCAGGAUGAUGGUGGUUUUGGCCACGAAGGAGUCUAUGCCAUGACAGCCUGCAACAUACAUUCGGGGUACGGGGGCAGCGGUCACAACACGUCGGGCAGCCAAUCUGCGGAGAGCUCGCAGCCCGGUGCGGGCGCCACAGUGCGCGGCGGCAGUAUAAGUGGCGGCACCGGUGGGAGCCUGGGCAGGGGAAACCGCGGCUCCCUGGCAUCGGCAGGCAAGCCGUCGUCGUCCACACUCGCGUCGCUUGCGGGCCUACUGGCCGCUGCAGAGGCGUCACAGGCGGCCAAGUCCGCCGCGGGUGCAGCUGCGAUUUCUGCAGGAGGAGACCAGGUGCCGCAGCAGCAACAGCAGCUGGGGUCGCAAGUGAGCGUGGCCAGCGUAGCAGUGUCCACGGCCGCCACAGCCACCAAUGACCCGGACGACAAGGAGCCCAUCCUACAGAGGGUCAGAAUACAAGAUCCAAAUCAAGUGUACGAUGCCAUAAAUUUGGGAAGGCGUAUUGAUGUCGUGUGGCCAGACGAGCACAUGCAGGCGAGAGGUGGUCGAUCGAGUUGGAGGGACUGGCUGCCAGAAAGGGGUAUGGAAGGCCAGGUUGUACAUAGAUGGGUGCCUUCACAUCGUGACCCCAACCGUCGUUCACAUGUGGACCGUACAAUUCUCCUAGUGAAAAUUGAUGACAAGUAUGUUCCAAUUGCAGAGAGUGGAACACAGGACCUAGGAGCAGAGGUUUAGCAGGUUUGACCAGUUGUCACAGUUACAGUGUGUCAGCUGUACCGUUUCAAAAUUUAACGUUUCUGUUCUAAGUGUACCUGUUCUGUACACGCACCAACAGCUGCGUGUGCACUCGACAGAAUGUUGUCACGGAUUGGCAAACCCGUCUUGCUUUUAACAACUAUAUAAAAUUUAUUUUUUUACUGUGUAAAUGAAAAACAUCCUGGGAUUAUGUAAUAGGUUAAUGUUUUCUAUUGGUCUUCGUACAGUCUCUCUCGUAGUCAGAUAAUGGAUUUAAGACUGACAUAGUUUAAUUGAGAUUACAGGUAUUAUUAUAGUUUCUUUAUCUGCCAAUGUUUGAAAGCAUUUCUGCAGGGAGCGUGUCGUGUAAUCACUGGAACCGCAGUUGUGCUUUGCAAAAACUUCAAGACUAAGUGGUGGAGAGGCAGUUGUGAGUGCAAGAAAAUAAAGAGAAGCUCUGCUGUUUAGUGAAUAUAGCGUGUUUCAUAUUUCUUGUGCUUCUGGACCUUGGGAGUGGAUAGAAAUUUAUUUUUGGUUGUGUUUCAAUGCAGAUGUUUUAGUAUGUUAGCAGAGGAGAUCUUUAUGUGCAAGAAUAUAUUAUUUUUUGAUAAUGAAUUGUGUGACACCUGGCCAAUUCUGCAUCUCACUCUUAACACCAGAUCCGCUUCCCUUACUCCAUCCAAAACUAUCACUAUCAUUAUACCCUCCCCCCCU